AUGUUGAUUCGAUCCGGUGCAUUUGUCGACGCCAGGAGCUCUCCAACCGGCCUCACUCCCCUCAGUUACGCGGCGACAUUUGGUCAUAUGGAAUGCAUACGAGUACUACUAGCACACGGGGCUUCUACGAAUAUCAAAGCCGUCGGAGGAGAUGCACCCCUUCAUCUUGCGGCACAAAAAGGCCAUUURGAAAGUCUAAAGCUCCUGCUUGACAAAGGAGCGGCGAGAGAUGAUACUACUAGUUCUGGCUGCACCGCAUUACACUGCGCGGUUUCAGGAGGCUGGAAAGAGUGUGUGGAAAUCUUGUUGGCAAGCGGCGCAUCCACGAAUAUCCGGAACCACUACGGAGAUCUUGCCUCACACAUAGCUGCUCGACAAGGUCACUUGGAAUGUCUCAAGUGUUUGCUAAACGGCAAUAAAAACAACUUGUUAGACGGUCGUGGAAGACGGGGCUGUAAUCCUCUCAUGGUCGCGAUCAGCAACGGACAUACAACCUGCGCAGAGCUCCUCCUAGGAAAAGGAGCAGACCCCUCCCUUGCAGAAGAUCGAGGUCGCUCUGCAAUUCACUUCGCCCGCGACGAAGCAUGUGUGAGAAUCCUAGCUCGUCACGACACUUCCAUGAUGACCCUUCAGGAUCACGUCGGAUCGACUCUCUUGAUGAUAAGUGCAGCUCAUGGUCGCCAAGCCGUAGUACAGAAACUAUUGGAUUUAGAGGCGCCAAUGAUCCACCAAACUGAUAGAAAAGGAUUCAAUGCAUUCGAUCAUGCUAAAGGCCAGGAGCAUAAAGGUAUCGUAGAGCUUUUAACACGACACGGUGCGAGACCUACUUCUCGUGCUACUAGACCAUUAUCGAACGAUACGAUCCUCCACACUUCUUCUGGAGCAACACAGCAUAAAGUAUCCCUUGGAUUGACGACAUCUCAGAGGAACCCGAGUAUCUAUACUAGGAGAUUAGCAUAUUACUCUCCUCCUCUUUAUACUUAUCGAUCGACAAGACAAGUCUACUCGACCGAAUCUGAAACCGCACCAAUGAAGUAG